AUGGAUGAGGAGGCUUAUGCAGAAAACUCCCGUCAGUUCUUCGCUUGGAUGAAAGAGCUGGGUCCUGACUGGGCGCUUACGACUAACGAUAGGCUUCCAUUAGAGACAGCGUAUGCUCGGGUUGUUGCACGCAUGCUAUACCUGGGUCAUGUUGCUAAAAAGAGAUUUGUAGAUAUACCCCCAAUAGACGUUGCUUCCGAGGUAUGGGAUCUGAUGGAUCAUCUUGAGGAAAUGCCAGGAUAUGGACAGCUUAGAACAGAUGGGGAAGAUCGCACUUUGUGGAUAGAUAUGCUGGUAUUACAUAAGAGAGCAAUGGAUCAGGAUCAUCUUGACGAACUCUAUCACGAGAGUCUAGAGAAGCCGGAACCGGAGGUAGAUUAUGAAGAUGAAGUGGAUCCGGGGGAGUUGUGGUACUGA